AUGGCGCCUGCGAAGAAGCUUGCGACGAAGGGCGGUAAAAAAAAGAAGCAAGUUCUGAAGUUCACUCUGGAUUGUACUCAUCCGGUAGAAGAUGGCAUUAUGGACGCUGCCAACUUUGAACAAUUCUUGCAAGAACGCAUCAAAGUGAACGGCAAAGCCGGCAACCUCGGCGGAGGAGCGGUGACCAUCGAGCGGAGCAAGAGCAAGAUCACGGUGACCUCCGAGGUCCCGUUUUCCAAGAGGUAUCUCAAGUACCUCACUAAGAAGUACCUGAAGAAAAAUAAUUUGCGUGACUGGUUACGCGUGGUGGCCAACAGCAAGGAAAGCUACGAGUUGCGCUAUUUCCAGAUCAACCAGGACGAGGAGAAGCUUGCGACGAAGGGCGGUAAAAAAAAGAAACAAGUUCUGAAGUUCACUCUGGAUUGUACUCAUCCGGUAGAAGAUGGCAUUAUGGAUGCUGCCAACUUUGAACAAUUCUUGCAAGAACGAAUUAAGGUGAACGGCAAAGCUGGGAACCUCGGUGGAGGAGCGGUGACUAUCGAGAGGAGCAAGAGCAAGAUUACGGUGACCUCCGAGGUGCCGUUUUCGAAGAGGUAUCUCAAAUACCUCACUAAGAAAUACCUAAAGAAAAAUAACUUGCGUGACUGGCUACGCGUGGUUGCCAACAGCAAGGAGAGCUACGAGUUGCGGUAUUUCCAGAUUAACCAGGACGAGGAGGAAGAGGAGGAAGAAGAUUAA